AUGUCUAUUGAUAAAAUAUGCCUAUUGGCAUACCUGAGCCAACACCCAACCCAAGCACUCGGGCCGAGUUGUGGCGGCCAUUCACUGCCUCACAGCCCGCAGACCACUCACUGGCUAUCGGCGCUCAAACACGAAGAGUUGGCGCCAUUCAACCCAAACCCCACGAAAUACAAAGUGUAUCGCAAUGUCCGCGACUACGGGGCCAAAGGGGACGGCGUUACCGACGACUCGGCCGCCAUCAACCUGGCCAUCAGCGAAGGCGACCGAUGCGGCAAAGGGUGCGGUUCGGCCACCAUUUCGCCGGCCAUCGUAUACUUCCCGCCGGGAAAAUACCUGAUCGCCCACUCAUUGCUGCAAUACUAUUACACACAAUUCAUUGGCGAUCCCAUUAACCUCCCGGAGCUGAUUAUGGCGCCCAACUUUGACGGCGAUAAUGUGCACGCGUUGAUCGCGUCGGACAAUUACUACGAAGGCGGGGACACUCCGUAUUGGCCGCAGACCAACAACUUUUACCGAGAGAUACGUAACUUUGUCAUCGACCUGACCAAAGGGCCGCUGAACAAGGAGGCGACGGCCAUACAUUGGCAGGUGGCACAGGCGACUAGUAUUACAAAUGUGCAUGUUAAAAUGAGUACCCAACCCGGCAAUAAUCAGCAAGGUCUGUGGAUGGAAAAUGGCUCGGGUGGUUAUAUGUCCGAUUUGACCUUUCAUGGUGGUAAGUUUGGUAUGUGGAUUGGUAAUCAGCAGUUUACCACGCGCAAUGUUGUUAUUACCGAGGCCGAUACCGCGGUGUUUAUGAAGUGGGUGUGGGCAUGGACGUUCAAAGGUCUUACAGUGGAAAAUUGCAAAACAGCAAUCGAUAUAACCUCGCUCACUGACAAAACCAAACAGCAACAAAUCGGGUCAAUGCUAUUAAUGGACUCAAAAAUAGUCAACACAUCCAUCGGUGUGUUGACCGUAAACACGGCCGCGAGUCAGCCCGCAUCGGCCGGCACAUUGAUCUUGGACAAUGUCGAGCUAUUCAACUGUCCCAAAGCGGUAGCGCGACCAGAUGGCACUACAGUACUGGACGGUGGCAAGGUGACCAUCAAAUCGUGGGGUCAGGGUCGUUUCUACGACGCCCAGGGUCACGGGGAGUACAGGGAGGCAACACUGCCGGCACCGGCCAAACCCAGCGUACUUCUCGGCCCCGACGGCCGGUUCUUUGAGCGCCCAAAACCCCAGUACACAGACGUAGCCGUCGGUGACUUUGAACCUAUUUAA